GUUAGCGUAAUGCAGGCGUGCUUGUACCACAACUUCCAAGUGUGUGUGAAGUCGGCUGUGCUCAUAUGGACAAGCAUAUGCAACAGUCUUAGCACCGUUUUCUUAUUAUAACAUCAGCUGUUUUCAGUGACCUUCAGUACAAUACAAUUUGUCACUUGUUUUGGGUGCAGCCAGACACUAGACAGUGGUUUGUUUCGCAGCAAUGUUUAUGUUUUCGUAAAGCGUUUUGAAGUGGUGGCGGAGAUAUCGUAAAGUGUGUUGGAGUUAGUGCUUCGUUCGUGGGUGACAAUGCCAGGGUUUAUCGGCGUUCAUCUAGGUGCUGGUGACCAUGCAGAAAGCUUAGUUAAAGAGUAUACGAAAUUGAGCAACAAAGCAUGUAAGAAGGCAUUUCUGAUGCUGGAGAGUGGAGCAAGUGCUGUCAAUGCUUGCACAGAAGCUAUUAUGAUUCUAGAAGACUCGCCUCUUACAAAUGCCGGUCUUGGAUCGAACUGCACGUGGGAUGGUGAUGUCGAAUGUGAUGCUAGUGUCAUGGAUGGACAUUCACUACAACAAGGAGCUGUUGGUGCUGUCAGUGGUGUAAAAAACCCUGUCUGUCUUGCACGCAACCUGUGUAUGGAACGUAGUGAACGUUUGUCAAUGGGGCUUAUCCCCCCAAGUAUGCUCGUUGGAGAUAGUGCCCGUGCCCAUGCUGCAAAAGUGGGUGUUGAGCUUGUGCCUCCAGAAGCUCUUGUCACAGCGGAACAACAGAGAAGGUAUAAUAAAUACAAGAGAAGAGUAACAAUUGCUCCAGAAGAUCAGAUGGAGGAUACUGGAGCUGAAUGGGAACCUGCUCGUUUAGAUACUGUUGGAGCAGUGUGUGUAGAUUUUCAAGGCCAUGUUGCUGCAGCGUGUUCAAGUGGAGGUAUCAUGCUCAAAACCAAGGGUCGGGUUGGACAGGCAGGUAUCCCUGGAUUUGGUUGUUGGGCUCAGGAUGCAAGAGGUGAUAUUGAUGCUGUAGCAGUGUCAUCAUCUGGUUGCGGAGAACAGUUAAUACGUACUUUCCUUGUUAAAGAGACAGCUACAAUGUUGGAGGAAAGCAUUUGUGCAGUUAGAGGCCUAAAGGAUGCAUUGAAACUGAAAUAUUUAGAGUCUCCUUUGAGCCUCAAAGAGGAGGAGAAACUUGCUGGCCUGAUAGUACUGAAGUAUAAUCCAUUGAAAGACAUUGGAGAAUUUAUUUGGGGGCAUACAACAAAGACAAUGUGUGUUGGUCUCAUGAGUUCGGCAUACAGUCAUCCUAUGAGUCGUGUUUCACUCAACACAAAGCCUGGAGAAAUAGCAAAAGUUGAAGGGACUGCAUUCAAAUGUCGCGGGAAGUUUAACUGAUGAUGAUUGAAGUUUUACUUCACAUCAUCCUCUGCAAUUAAAGUUCUGUUGUAUCAGAGAACUAGAUACUGGUUUAUGGAGUGAUUACUGAUAUGAUCUGUCCAGUAACUGAACAUGUUUUGUAUGUGAUCUCAUUGGAACAUGAUGGAUAUUGUGCUGUUUUGUUACCAGUUGCACUUAUCCUUAGGAGACUGUCUAUUUGAAACUGAGAUUUCCAAACAAACAAUAUGCACCUCACCUUAAAAUAAAUUCAGCUGUAAUAUUUUAACAAGAAGUAUUGCGUGUCCGAGCAAAGUGCAGCUAUGAGAUAACCCAGGACUCAAUUUUAAAUUUAUUAAUCCUGUUCCUUCAUAUAUAUGUAAUUAGAGAAAACGAAGAAAUCACGUCUCUUUCAGUAAUUAACUGUUUGCUCACACAAGUGACAUUAAGAUACAUGACAUCUAAUCAAUUCAUUGAUGAUGUUAAACUUCAUUCUUUGCAAGUACAGGAGAAACGAAGGUUAAAAAAGAGUAGAAUUUUAUUUAUUCAACAUUUGACAAAAACUAGAGAGAAGCAAUGACAGUAAUACCACCAGUGAUGGCAUGAGUAGCUGGAGACUAUCAAAUAAUUUGUAUUUCAGAAAAAUAAGAUACUGAAAUCUUGGUUGCUGCAUUCAUCUGAUGUAUUCAUGUGUGAAAAGAGACAUAAGGAAAAUUGUAGGUUAUGGAUGUGUAGUGGGGAACAAGAUAUUAGUGGAGGCAAUACAAUAACAGUUUAUUGACAGGAUGAAAAUCUCACAAGUAAUGCAGAGUUAUUACUUAUCCAGAUAAUGAUACAACUGAUCAAUGUUGACGAACUAACAAUUAGUGUAGCGUGGGGCUAUAUUAAGUUUGUUUGGUGCGUGCUUGAUGUACACUAGCUCUGUGACAGGCUAAACUGCAGAUUUGUGCCAUGAUGUAGUGAGGUGAAUUUUACUUUUAAUGUUCCAAAUCAGGACCACAAAAUCCAGCCAAGUAAUCUGAGAAACUAUGAAAUUCACGUGAAAUUAUUUUGAUGGUGUCACUCACCAACCGAACUGAGCAGAUGUAACUGCAGAAAUGUGCAAAAUUUCACCUGUCAAAGAUGAAAAUAUGGUUCACAUGAAAUUGGAAUAAUUUUUAUAAUAAUAUUCCACUGUCAAGAAUUUUCUGAGAGUUUUCAGUAACGGUGUGCUGAAACGUUAAAUUAGUGGUACAGACUUUUGAAUGCAGUUGUA